AUGUCUACAGAAUUAGUAAAAUUUACACAAAGAUACCUUGACGCCAUUCCCAAAGGACUGAAAGAAAAUCAGUUGCUGGAUCCAGAGACUGAAAUCAAGGUCAACAAAAUCCUCAAUACAAAAAAGGCGGACAAGAGGAAAAUAGAAAAGCUAUUUCCUCUCAAGAACAUAACGAACGAACAGAAAGAAGUCAUCGUCGCCUCCCCUUCGAAAAAGCGCAAGACUAACAAUUCGGUUUCGUCAGCUGGACUUCGUGAGGAGCUCUGGAAAUGA